AUGGCUUCCGAACACACUAUCACACAGGCCCUGUUGGAAUGGAUCAAUAGUUUCGCCCUUGGCAAAACAAUCCGAACGACCGAUGAAUUGACAGAUGGGACCAUCAUUUGGGAAGUCUUACAAGAUAUCGACCCCCAAUAUUUCCUCGAUGAGCUACCGCAGCGCAACCCGUCGGACCAUUGGUUGUCCAAACUACAGAACUUGAAACACAUCCUCAAAACGCUGGUCAAUUAUAUCCGCCAACAACCCGACGGGAUUCCUUCUGGACUGGAUCCGGCGCCGAAUUUGGAAGUGGUCGCUGAAAAGAGUUCGAUCAAGGAAACCAACAAACUCCUCAAGCUCAUUUUGAUCGCCGCUAUCCGUUCGCCGAACGCGCCGUCCUACGUGGAAACUCUCCAAACAUUGAGCACUCCGACUCAGGAAUCCCUGAAAGAUAUUUUCGAAGAAGCCGAAAAUGGCCAACACGAGCCUCUUGACCCCGUGGACGAGAUCAAAGAGGACUUGUCCAAACGGGAACAUCCUGUUGAUCUAGAGCUGCAAUUCGAGGAACGAGUAGGGAAGGUGCUUGCUGAGAAUGACCGUUUGACGCAUGAGAAGAAGGAGCUCGAGAAGGCAUUGGAGGACCUACAUAACCGUCUGGCACGACUUCAAGAGAAUAACGAUACUCUCCAGUGCCGCCUCGCGACCACGGAGGAUCGACUAGGAAAUCUGAAGUCCGGCAAGGGAGACCUUGGUUUCAAUACAAAAGCCUUGGAGUCUAAAUCCCGCCAGCAGGAAGACAUCAUCGCAUCCCAGGAGACUCGGCUCGCCGCAGCCCAGGAUGAAGUUGACAGCCUGCGAAUGACAGUAGAGUCCCUGCGCGUGAAGAACGAACGGUUCCAGAGGCUACAGGAUGACUAUGAUGAGUUGAAAACAGAAAGAGACCAGCUCGCUCGGAAGGCUAAUGCAGCAGAGAAAUAUCGGUCAAAGCUACAAGCCAGUCAGGACUUUGAAAAGGAGAAUCAGACGCUCAAGAAUCAGAUUAGAGACCUCCAACAGCAGCUGAAAGAGUCAGAUUCGCAGCAAAGAUGGACAUCGGAACGUGAUGUUGAACUUGAAGAAUAUAGACGAGUCUUGCCACGAAUCGAACAGGAAUGCAGUGAAAUGCAGAGUUUGAAGAAGCAACUUGAAUUCAACAACCACGCCUUGACAGAGCGACUUAGCAGUGCUGAGGAACAGCGUGAGAGAGAUGAUGCACUAAUUAGUGAGUUACGGGAACGGAUCCGAGAACUCGAAGGCUCCCCUGGGAGCCCAGCUCUUACACCAGGCAGCGAAACGCCAAAGCUGCAGGGCACGCUACAAAAGGACUUCGAAGACAUUGGCGUUAAGGAAUCACAAUUGAAAACCGAAAAUGAUGAGCUCAAGAAGGAGGUCGAAUUCUUGAAGGGAACCUCAACCAUUGUUAAUGCUCAGCAUGAAGAGUUUUCCGAUGCCUUCAGUGAAACGCUGCAGAAUGCGCGAGAAAAUUCUACUCAGGGUGACGAGUAUUGGAAGCUGUAUGAUCAGUAUAUUUUUGUACUCAAGAAACUUGCGGAGCUACAAGACUCUUUUGACAAGUCUAGCAGAGCGCUUGUCGAUGCUCAAGCAGCCGCCUUACUUACGAGCAAGGAGAAGCUAGCCAUGAUUGAUGAGAUCAAAGAGAUUGACUUCGUGGAAUCAACCAAAUUGCGCGACGAAUCGGAUGAAAUCAAACACAAAAUACAUACUCUCCAAGCUGAACUUGACGCUAGUUUGGUCUUGGCCAGGGAAACAUGUGCUGAACGGGAUGAGCUGCGGACAAUGCUUGACAACAGACAGGCUGGGAUUGCUGAAAGUCGAGUAGAAGACCAAGAAACAAUGGAGGAAAUGAAAAAGCUCCUAGCAGAUAUCGCGGCACAAGACAGUGGUGGUGCCUCCGAAGCUUCCCAGAAGUCUGGUGUGGAGCUCACGAAACAAGUCGUUGAGCUUAUUGAGCGGAACCUAGAGAGACUGGCACAACGCGCUGAGUAUAUCCACAACCAAAACGAACACAUCAAGUUCCUCCAGCAGCGACUAAAACAUUUUGAAGACGAUGCGGAUGAAAGCAUACCGAAAGAUCGUGAGAUCGAACUUCAGAAGUUAAUCGAUUCUCAGACGAGAGAGCUUGCUCUUAUGAGCUCCGCCUGGUAUGAGAUGCAAAGUCGACUGCAGAAUAAUAAUGUCCCCGUUUCGAGGUAUCGUCACGGGUCGAGUUUGGCCGAUGCUCAGAAGGGCUGGUUGGCGAGGCAAAGGAACUUAGUAGCUGGUCGUUAG